UGGGGCUCGAUGCUAGGAUCCGGCGCGUGCCGAAGCGGGACAGCCGUACUCGAUGCGGUCACCUUGCUGUACGUACGUCGAUACACCGACUGCGCGCCUCGAAAGUCUCGCAAAAUCAAAGCAAAGUGCGUCGCAAGCAAAAAACGGUGAGAAAUCGCUGCAAAAAUGGCGCUUCAAGCGGCCCUGCGCAAUGCCCAGUCCAAGACGCCGUCCCUGCGCACCGUCGCGAGGAGCAAGACCCCGGCGCAAGGUGCCCUGCGCACCGUGCACACGAAGACAACGAAGACCAUGACGUCGCUGCGCACCGUCACCACCAAGCGCCUCGCCGCCGCGCGCGUCGCGAGGAGCAAGACCACCAUGCGCGUCGUCGGAUCGCGCUCGUCGGCCGAAGACCCGGACGCGCUCGCGGCCCGCCUCGCGGCCCAGCUCGCGCCCGAGGUCGCGCCGACGCGGAGCAUGGCCGCGGUCGUCGUCGCGAGCCCGUGCUCGGUCGCGACCGUCACGCAGCAUUUAGUCGAUGAACUCCAGCUCGACGCGGCCGUGGGCUUCGGGAGCCACCGCGAGGCGUUCUGCGAGGCCUGCGACGGCGCGAACCCGCGCGCCGCCGUGAUGCUCGGUGUGGAAAUCAACCAGUGCGUUAGUAUCCUGAGGGAUAUUGCGUGGAUCCUCGUGAACCUCAAGCCAUCGAACCGACGCGGUCACGGCGACAACGUCGCGUCGAUGGCGUGAGCAUCUACACGCCAUCGAGCAGACGCAGCUACGGAGACAACAUCGCGUCGAUGGCGUGGGGCGCCCGACAAUUGAUUUUCACACAGGUGACGCUCCUCGCCAUGCCCGACGGCGCGACGGCCACGGCGUUUGCCAGCGACGCGGGGUGCCUGCCGGCGCUCGAGGACUGGGAGCGGUUCGUGCAGGCACCACCGUCGUUACUACUGUUCGCGGCGGCCGGGAGCCCCUCGGAGCGCAAUAAGCUCGACGAUUGGCUUCGGAGAGUGGACGGCGUGCUGCCCGAGUCGCCGAAGGUGGGUGGAGUGGUGAACGACGACGGCCCCGUCGUAGCGGGGGGCCGGGGCCGCGCGCUCGAGGAGGGGGCCGUCGCGGGGCUCGCGCUCGACGGCGGCGUCGACUCGCUCGUGGGCCUGCACGUCGUCGUCGCGCCGGGCUCGACGCCCCUCUCGGAGGACCACUCGCUCGUGACCGCGUCGCUGCCGAUGCCGCGCGGUGAUAGAGUUCUCGUGACGGGCGUGGACGGGCGGCGCGUGCGCAAGAGCGCCCUGGGCCUGGACGAGGACGGCCGCGACACCAUUUUAGCUGAAUUGAUGACCGGUUCCGAAGGAAGGACGUGCCCCGUCGAGGUCGAGCACGGGUCGCUGGCCGUGUGCUGUUGCCCGCAGACAAUAGUUCCAGGCGAAACACGGCUGCGGCUGCGUGCCGUGGGCGACCGGGAUGCGCGCGAGCGCGCGGUGCUCGCGAGCGUCGCGCCGGCGCGCCGCGCGCACGGGGACUCGGCCAUCCUGGAGUUCUCAGGCGUCUCCUGCGCGCCGGGCGAGCCGUCGCUUGUCGCCGAGGCGUUGGGGGCGAACGCUUUGGGAGCCACCUUCCGCGCCGCGAUUGCCCCGGGCCCGACGUCGUGCCGGACGGUGGUGCACGACCAGGCGACGGUUUUGGCCUACGUCGCGCCGGGCGUCUAGUUCCUUUCCCUUCCUCUAAGUCUAUCUUGUGUGCU